AUGGUUUUCUACAGGAUUACACUUUCCAGAUCAACUAUAGGGCUUCCGAAAGCUAGUAAGAGUAUUGCCUCUAGUCUUGGUCUAGGAAAAACCGGGUCGGUAGUAUACCGUAGGGCUUCCCCCACUAUUGCAGGUUCAAUUGCUAAGAUUAAAGAAGUGGUAACAGUAGAAGUAACAGAACAUGCAUUAACGAAAGAACAGCAGCGCGAGCUCCGGAAAUCCAAUCCUGGUUUUACCGUCGAGAAAAGGGUAUAG